AUGGCUUCCGGCUGGCACCCCAGAAGCUCCAAAGCAAAUCGUCGUUCGUGGAGAUCUCCAUCUCCACCUCCGCUUUUGGACGAGACUGCUCCUAAAGUUAGCAAGCGCUCGUACUUUUCACGUCACAACAAACGCUCCAACCACCAAGCGCAAGAAUCGGUGCACAACACAGAGCUCGAAGUUGAUGAGAUAGCCGAGCAACGCGACCGUGACGCACACCGUAGUGUUUUAGCUACGAUGUUUCGAGCUCGCACAAGGUCGCGCACGUUGCGAUCAUCGUCAGAAGCUACAGAGACAUUACAGACACUUGUGCAGCGAGAGAAAGCCUUUCGACUCGUGCGUCAUGGUUCUGACCCGCUUUUGAAUGACGCUUUUUAUGCAUCUCAAGUGCAAGUUGGAAAUUUUGUGAAGAUGGGUUGGCUUAAAAAGCAGGGUCACAUGUGGAAGAGUUGGAAAGCACGCUUUUUCGUUUUAUUCUCCGAUGGCACGGUCGUGUACUAUAAGAACAAGAGCAGAAAGAAAAUAAAAGGCUAUAUGCAUUUAAAUGACGGAGUUGUAUCUGUGCAACAUGUGGAUAUUCGAGUAGCUGGCAAGGCUUAUGUAUUCCAGAUUGAAAAGGGAUUUUACCGAUUAUUGUGCCAUUGCUCUAGUCAGAUUGACGCCGAAUUAUGGGUUACAGCCUUGCGAUCUGUACGUAAAGUCGCACCGCCGUGCUUUGAGAUGAAUUUAACUGCGAGAGAGGAAAAGGCAGGAUUUAAUUCUGUCACGAGGCACUUAAACAAGAUCUUUAUUACAGACAAAGACUUGGCUAAAAUGUUGAUUGAUUUUAAAGAGCACGAGCACAAUCACUCGUACGUAAAAAUACACAACUGUAUUGUCGAACUAGAUGAUGCAAUAAUUGAUCGACACCAUUUGGCGCUCUAUCAAGACCCUGAAAUCGAAUUGUUACCGGGAAAUGAGCUUGUGCGAAUCAUUCGGCGACAUGUCGAAGAUCGUGUGUUUAUUCCUUUGUAUGCAGAGGCGUACGCAAGCUUAGAGACGGAGCAAGUGAGGCAGUCACGCAGCAACGUGGAGCAGAAUAUCAAAGUAUUGAAGCAAAAAGCGCAAGCAGAUUUUGGUAUUUCUAAAGACCUGUCAAUUUGCGACUGGAAGCAUGCCAUUAGCGUGAUCAAUAUGCUCGACUGUGUCUCACUUCCCACGCACAAAUUUGAGGUCAUUUUGACAGCGGGAAAAGCCAUCGCGGAGGCAAUAGCGCAGUAUCAUGGAGAACAUUUUGAGGUCACAGACGAGACUUUGACGGCAGUAUUUCGCUAUGUCAUUACGAUGUCCUCGCUCCGCGACCUGCCGAUCCUUCGUGCGCUGCUCAAAUAUGGAUUCCAUCAUCACCCGGCCUGUCAAAACAAGACAAAUCUGGUGAUAGCUUUUCUCGAUGCAGUCAAAUGGAUUGAAUGCUCACAGUCAAGAGACAUAAGCUACCGAUUUGACUCGAUGGCCUUCGCUGGAUCUCGAGUUUCAGUUUCAUUUUCAACUAAUGAUCUUGGCAUUCAGUUCACAACGGAUGGAAAUGGCCGGGGAGCUAUCGUGUACAGUGUCCGAAAGCAGUCACAAGCAGCAUUGAGCGCCGCUAUCGUGUCUGGCUUGUCGCUUAUUGCGAUUAAUCAUGAACCCGUGAUCGGCAUGCCGUUUGACAAAGUUAUACAACGCUUACGGACCGCCAAGCUGCCAAAACAACUUACUUUUAUGACAGAGUUUUACUAUUAUCAGCUAUUGUCAUUAGACAUGGAGAUGUUUCGCUAUUUGAUGUGUAUUGCAGCACGCCGUGGAGAUUUGGACUCGGCUGGAUGGCUGCGCUGUUUUUCCAAGGAUGUAAAUACCUUGUGCUCGUGGGAAAAGUCUCGGGGUAAACAGGUAUUUGGAUUCAUUCCGGUAUCCGGUAAAGAGUCCCCGCUUCACGCAGCGGUGCACAACGGACAUCUCAAAAUGGUCAAUUACUUUAUAUCAAUAGGGGCGGAUGCUAAUUUAUGCAAUGAAAAAGGCAGACGGCCACUGCAUGUUGUAAAGCAGUCGGUAGAUAUGGCAAGGAUUAUUGAACGCUUAAUCGAUGCAGGAGCGCAUAUCGAUGCAACAGAAAAGAAUGGGCUGACUCCGUUAAUGUUCAUGUGCGCGAGGGGAUCUCUUGAAGGGACGGCAACUUUGUUAGCUUUAGGAGCAGAUGUCCGUCGUGUGGCUUGGUCGAAUGGCUUUUCGGCUCUAGAGCUUGCUGUGAAGAGUGGGCGUCCAGAGGUUGUCGAAUUUUGUCUUUCAAAGGGUGCAAACCCGAAUGCGCCUACAUUAAAUGGAAAUACGAGUUUGCAUUUGGCUGCCGCUCUGGCUCACUCAGGCAUUAUAAUUCUGCUUUUGCAGAAAGGGGCCAAUCCAAACGUUCAGAACCGAUACGGACAGACUCCAGCGAAUGUUUUGCUUACAUCGGAUCCCAAAGAACGUGGUGAUGCCUACGCGAUGUGUCUAGAAAUAUUGAAGUGUUCUAGCAGUCGCUUUGACCAUCGAGAUGUUUUCGACUUCCAAGCUGCUCAGCUCACAACCAUCUCACGAAAAUCGAACGAUGUAAUAGAAAAAUUCGGAUCACAUAGUCGAGGAGUAGAAGACCUUGAUGUUGAUAUCUUCAGUCGUUCAUCAGUCGAUUACGUACAACGCAUCGAAUCUUCAAGUUCGCAAUCGGACAAGGACAAACACGCUUCACGACUUGCGCGCUUGAUUUCUGUAGAGGAUUUGAUUCAAGAAGUGGUGAUCGGUUUUGAAGUUGACCUGGUCGACGUAAUCGCUUUUGUGCUGUUUCUGGAUAGCUUUACAAGUCUUGACGAAGUGGUGAAUCGACUGAAGGAACAUAUUAGGAGUGGAAUGGAAAGUCAUGGACUUAUACGACUCUUUAUCAUAAUCAUGUUGCUCAGAGAGCUCGAAGCGAAAAAAGCUGGUGAUUUGCGCGAACGUUUUCACAAUUUAAUAGGACAGACUGUCGAUCUCUCGAUGCAGAAGCUGGUGCCUUUGAUUGAUGAUUGCAUCACGCUUUACAGAAAUUACUUUUCGCUUCAUGGAGCUGGUAAUUAUGCGCUUAAUUACGAAAGAAUACCGAAAAUGAUGACAAAGCUGUAUGGGUCAAAAGCUGGUAUUGAAGCUGCAUCACACGAGCCUUUUUCAAAUAAUCUGCACCGGAACAUCGACGCAGAGCGGUGGGCUCAACAGUGCACACUGCUGACACACGCUAUCUUUUGCAAAAUUUCAGUGCAAGAUUUGGUUUCGCUCGGUUUGACAAAAACGCAUUCUUCCGAAUUUACCUGCAUUAAACGAUGGUUUCAACAUAUCUCUGCAUAUGUAAUUUGCGCUGUACUUGUCCAAGAUACCCCUGAAGAACGUGCAAAAGUAAUAACAUUUUAUCUGAAGGCCGCGGACUAUUGUUUGUCAUUCCACAACCUCGAUACGCUGGCUGCAAUUUUAUAUGCACUACAAUCGACUGCUGUACAGCGGCUUUGGAAGACAAUUGACUGUCUAAGUGUCGCUGCAAAGAAAAAGAUGAACGAGAUGCAAUUGCUCUCCGACAAAGGAUGUCGCGAGAUGAAUCGACUUAUGCGAAUAGUUGCAAAUCCAAGUAUGCCUUACAUUGGACUAUAUCUUCAGAAUUACGUUGGCUUAAACGAGCUGCCUGCGUCUGACAAAAACGGUUUGAUAAAUGCAAGCCGGCUUCGCAGAAUGGGCGAAUUGGCAACAGAAAUUAUGCAUCGACAGUCUGUUGCCUACACUCUUACACAUGACGAAUGUGUUGAUAAAUUGCUGCACGUCCCAUUGCCAUUUGCUUCUGAAGAAAGUCGUUACGCUCGAUCGUUGAAGCUAGAACCUCGUGAAGCAGAUGCGAUGCCAUUAAGCGAGCGCGGAUCAUGUGUUGUCGAUGAUGAUCUGGAUUUGGAAGUUGAAGUGCGAGAGUCAAUUGGAGCUGAUGGAACAUUCGGAUUUCGCCAGUGGAUUCGAAAACAACAAGUUGUGCACAGAAAUCGCUCAAGAUCAUCGCUGAUUGCUUUGUACGAGUGGGUGUAG